AUGCAGGUCUCCGCUUCCCUGUCUCCCAGUCUUGGCUCCGCUGCAGCCUGCAUGCAAAAGUCUUCACCUCAUUCCCAGGCCUCGGGCACAGCCUUUGCCUGUGGACAGGGGAGGAUCCGCAGCAGCUCAGAGUCAGUAUGGAGUCCAGUGUAUUCACUCUGUAGCAUUCAUUGUAAGGAAACCAGGGACAAAAUUCCUAUGUUCUUUUACUCAGGAGGCAAAUACUCCUAUUUGGACACGAUCCUUGUUUGGGGUUGGAAUUUGUUGGUUAUUAUAUUGAACCUCUCUCCCAUGAUGAAUACCCUGGUGGAAAAGCUUAGAAAAAGUUAA